AUGGUCAUGUUGGAGCAAGAAGCCCCCUCAGCGCUAUUUGCCUUGGCUAAGGGCGACCGUGCCUAUGAUACAGAGCUGUGGACACAUCUGUUGCCGCUAUGCAGGGAUUCUUCAUCUGCUUGUUUCGAGUUGCAGGAUCAAAUUUUCGCAGAAGCGCUGCGUCAGUACCCUACGUCGCUUUUUGUUUGGACACAGCGGAUUGCACUUGCGCUUGCACGCUUGGGAAAGCCAGAAGAGACGCCCUUGUCAGGAGCUUCAGAUGUUUUAUUGGAAUCCCUGUCUGUGCAGACCGCCUCUAUCUUCCUGGCAGCUGCACAGGCAACGCUGAGCCCACAGGUCUGGGACCAUUAUCUGACAUGGUUGCAAAGGCCGGGUGCUGAGGAGUUGCCCAGUAGUGUAGAGGCACUUUAUGAACAGGCGGUUUCGCAAGUCGGCUUUGACGUUCACGCCGUCAACCUGUGGAUGGGCUACAUCCGCUUCGUCAAAGAGAAAAAGUUCGAAGAGCAGCUACAGUUGGACGCAUUGCGAAAACUCUACCAACGUGCCGUCGUCAUCCCGAUGAUUGGUGUUGAGGGCAUUUGGCGUGAAUACGACCUUUUUGAGAACGGCCUCAACAAGGUUACUGGACGAAAGAUCCUUGCGGAGCGUAGUGGCGCCUACAUGAAUGCCCGGGCGCUUUCUCGGGAGCUGCGCGCCCUUCACGAAGAUGGCAAGAUUACUCGGGGUAUCAUUGUCGGAUAUGGACUCCCACAUGCCCGCGACCGCGAACAGCUCGGUGCUUUGUUGGCAUGGAUUGAUUGGGAAAUGAAGAACCACCUUUCUUUGGCUGCCGAUAGCCUAUAUGAGCGCAUUUGCUGGGCAUUUCGUAGUGCGCUCGCCCAUGCAUACUCAUCCGAACAGCUUUGGUUCCAUUAUUUUGAAUAUUUGGUGGGAAGUGGAACCAUUGGAGCCCGCGAGGCUGCCAUUUCCGACCUUCACGACCACGCCCUGCCAUAUUUGUCUCUCAGUGUUCCACUUCACGCGCUGCUUCUUGAAGCAUACGAAACGAGUGAAGAUGUCAAAGUGGGCACAGCCUUACUUGAAUCGCUUCUUUGUCGGUUUUCACUUGCCAUUGCAGAAGUUGAGCGGCGCGAGGCUCCAAUUAAAGAUGGCAUGUCUGCGUCCAAAGGAACUGAUACACAGCCCUUCACGGUGGAUGAAGGGCCGGGGCUACUAGUGGCUCCAUCGAUCUCAUUGGCAGGCCUGAAGCGGGAUCAUUGUAUGACACUUAAACACGCCAUUCGAUUCGCACGGCGAACACAGGGACUGCCUCUUGCGCGACAAUACUUUGCUCGGGCGCGCAAGCUGCCUUAUUGCACGCAUGAAAUCUUUACGCUUGCAGCUAACAUGGAGUUUUUCGUGGGCAAGGAUCCUGGCAUUGCAUUCAAGAUUUUCGAAUUGGGAAUGAAACUUUUUUCGGAAGAACCUACGUUCGUCAUCUCGUACAUGAAGCUGCUGCUAAUAAAACUCGAUGAGUCCAAUAUCAAGAGCCUUUUCGAGCGCGCCUUGCGCUCUCUCGCCUCUAACAAGAGUGCAAUCAAAGAACUUUGGCUUAUGCUGAUUAGACACGAACGGGAUUACGGGCAUCUUGUGCGCGUAAAGGAACUCUGCAAUAGGCUCAUUGCAGAGGAGGCUCCGGAAAAUGGCGGGUGGACGCUUUUUUUAGAUCGAAACGAACUGGCCGAUUCGCUGCACGACGCAGUUGGCAUGAAGGAUACCACGAAUACAAAGAAUGCCCCAUGGACGCCCGCUCCAUAUCGGGGUGGAUUUGCAUCAGAUGCAAUGCCAUUAUCGCAGCCAGCGCAGACGGCCGCCAUGCAGGCAAUCCGGAAACGGCCCAGGGACGGGGUCGCCGCUAUUCCUUCUGGCGAAGACAUCCUAAAGUCUGUACUCAACAGUUGUGGACCUGUCUCCGCAUACAAUGGCCCCGUUGUUCCUGCAGAAGCUGCUCUCGAGCUUUUCCGCUCCAUCAAAGCCUAG